AUGGCUGAUCAGGUGCAUUCGCCCAACGAGCUGAAGUGCUGGAUUUUUUUUUGGGGCCUUGGAGUCUGCGGUUAUGCACACCCUGUUCGAGCUUGUCGCGCUCCCCGAAGACCGUUGGGCGCAGUCAUACCCAUACCCACCAAGAUGACCAGAUUUCCAUCUUGGCGGAUGAGGUUUGGACCCAGUGUUCAGGCAGUAGUGAUUGGCAACAUUGACCCGGGUUGGUCCCGCUCGCCUAGUAGAGCUGGGGAAAUCGAGCUUCUCCAGCGAAAGCAUGUUCGGAUCGAUCAGGGUCGCACGUCUAAAAAUAAUCAUGGCCGGCUUCCCAUGCAGCAGCACGCGGAGCGUGCCAGGAUAUUGGCGUCCGAAUGGUUUCAUGCGACCAGGUCGUGCAGCGGCAGGCGAAGAUUGGAAGUGGUGAGGUGUGGGAGGUUUGGCGUCCUGCAGCUGGACUGCGACGCAUUCGCCCGAAGUGCCGGCAACGUCGUAGUGCCAGUGCCCCCGUGGUGA